AUGGUGUGCACAGUCCAGGUUGGGACAGAGGAAGAUGAGGAAACACAGGCCUGGCAAGGGAAUUUGGGCCUCUGCCUUGCCUCCUCGGAGGAGCCAACCACCGAUGGCCUCACAUCAACUUCCCUGCUGGAGUUUGCCAUGAUGUCCCACCUGGAGGCCAUGAAUUCCCAUGAGCAAACCAGCCCAGAGGCUGGGGAGCCUGAUCUUGCCCCUGGCUCUCUGCAUGCUGCUCCAGGAUCAGGCUUUGCCAGUGAGGAGAAUGAGGAGUCCAAGAUCUUACAGCCCCCACAAUACUUCUGGGAAGAUGGAGGAGAGCUCAAUGACUCCAGCCUGGACUUGGGACCAGCAACAGAUUACAGCUUUCCUGCUGCAUCUCAGAAGUCCCUGCUGAAAGGGAAUGGGACACAGGUCAAGGACAACUGGGAAACAGCCACUGUCCAGCCAUCAGCAGAAUAUGUUGAGCCUGAUUUGCACACGUCUUUCUCUAGCACACUGGAGGAAGAGGAGGGACUGCUCCCUAUAGACCACUCAAGAGGAGGAGUGGAGAGCCUCCCAACCUCGGAGCCAGAGGUUACAUCAUCUGAACCAGUGGGCCAAGAGGACUCCUUUUCUCUUCUGUUUUCCACAGCUUCUGUCAGGCCAGGUGUUGUGACUGAGGCAGCUCCAGGAGGGCAAGAGGAGGACUCUGUCCCUCCAGGCUUAGACCUUGGGAGCAGCAUGGGACCAGGUCUUCUUCCUGUGUCCUCUAUUUUGUCUACUACUAGUGCUGUGAGGUCUGCCAGUAUUUCAGAAGAGUCCUUUGAGGUGACAGCUGGGGACAUGUGGGCUGUUGGGGGAGCAGAUUCAGAGCUAACUGUGACUACCACAAGAGCAGAGCUUUCAGAGAGCGCUGUGGAGGCUGGUGGGGAAGAACACUCAACUGGAGAGGAGUUCGCGGAAACCACAGUGGGCUGGGAGAUGCUGGAGCCCACAGUGCUAACUGAGAUGGAGCAGGCUGCACAAAUGCCUGUGAGGACACCCUCUCCUGGAGGCAGAUUCCCUGACACCCAGACUCUUUCUGGCACUGAGCUGCACCCCACUUCUGCAUCUCAAUGGGACAGGGCUGAGGAGCCUGCACCAGAUUCCAUUUGGAAUGACACCGAGUCAGCCACUGAGACUGUAGCAGCAGAGAGGAGCUUGUCACCACAGGCUGGGGAUGCCCGCAUGGCCAUGCUGCCAACAGAGAUGCCCUGGGACUCAGCACAGGUCAUCUGCAAAGACUGGAGCAACCUUGCGGGGAAAAACUACAUCAUCCUGAACAUGUCGGAUAACAUUGACUGUGAGGAGUUUCGGUUGGAGAGGGGUCCCCAGCUGUUGGCACUGGUGGAGGAUGCUUUCUCCAGACAGGCGGAUGGACUACAGGACCACUGGCUGAUCUCUCUGAGCAAACCCAAUGAGAACGAGAAGCACUUGCUGAUGACUCUGGCAGGGGAACAGGGUGUCAUCCCUACAAAAGAUGUUCUCAUGGCACUGGGGGAUGUUAAGAGGAGCUUAGCUGAGAUUGGCAUCCAGAAUUACUCAACCACUACAAGCUGCCAGUCGCACUCCAACCAGACACGCAGUGAUUAUGGGAAACUCUUUGUGGUACUGGUGAUCAUUGGCUCUAUCUGUGCCAUCAUCAUUGUACUGGGGCUCAUCUACAACUGCUGGCAGAGGCGCUUGCCCAAGAUGAAGAACAUGUCGCAUGGUGAGGAGCUGCGCUUUGUUGAGAAUGGCUGCCAUGACAACCCCACCUUGGAUGUAGCCAGUGACAGCCAGUCAGAAAUGCAGGAGAAGAAGCCAAGCGUGAAUGGUGGAAAAACCAUCAACGGCCCCGACAGCUGGGAUGUUCUGAUCAGUAAGCAGGCAAGCGAGGAUGUGGAUGUGUUUGAGGAAGACACGCAUCUUUAG